CGACGCCACGGAGAUGGCACGAGGCACAAUCUUGCACCCCAACUCCCGCAAGAAAUCAUAAUGGGAAAUAUAUUCUGCCCACCAUCGAAGGAGAAGAAAGGAGAAGGAAGAAUGGAGGCCGAUGAGGGCUUGGUGGUCGCGAGGAUAAAAGAAGGAAGAAUGGCGGCCGAGGAGGGCUUGGUGAUCGCAUGCCACAGCAAGGCGGAGUUUGACGCCCAGAUGACUAAGGCCAAGGAUGCCGGCAAGCUGGUGAUCAUUGACUUCGCUGCUUCCUGGUGCGGUCCUUGCCACUCCAUCGCCCCGGUGUUUGUUGAAUAUGCCAAGAAGUUCCCCAGUGCUGUCUUCCUGAAGGUUGACGUUGACGAGCUGAAGGAGGUUGCCGUAUUCUAUGCUAUUGAGGCGAUGCCGACCUUCCUCUUCAUCAAGAAUGGCGAGAAGGUUGACACCAUCGUCGGUGCCAGGAAGGAGGAGCUCCAGGCCACUAUCACGAAGCACCUUGGCGCCGCGUCCGCCUAAUCAGACAGCAACAGUAGACAUCAAUAAGAGCCCACGCCUGGUUAGGCUGUCGCUGAACUUCGCGUGGAUUCAGCUUAGAGUUUCGUCGGCGUGACACCGGACGUUGUCCUAAAUAACCUGAUGUCACUAUAGGAGCUUGUGAUUGUGAAGUUUGAAUCUGAAUGUCUUUUACUUCUCUGUUUGAAUGUUUGUAUUCCUGCGUCUUUGUU